AUGAAAUACUUACUAACUAUCACUUUUUUAGUUACCUUAUCAUGCUUUUGUAUGUGUGAGUAAAAAGAUUGCUCCCUCAAUCUUUCAUGCAACAGUUCAGAUAAUACUUGCUAAAAUGAGCUAUCCCAAUUUUAAUCAUGUGUUUCUUCUAAAUGCGACUCUUAGAAGAUUUAAUCUUAAGAUGUUUGGGAAAUUUUUGAUUGCUACUAUAUCCAUUGCAAGCCAAGCUAUUAGCCUCUUCUAUCAGAAAUUAUGAAUGUGUUUUCAUGUUUAAAUUUAAGUAUUUCUGAGUCUGAGCACGUAGAUGAAGAAUCAGAAGAUGAAGAAAUUGACUUAGAAUAAUUAAAGGAAAACCUUAAUAAAAGUAGUGAGGGUAAAUGCCUUGCACAAAUGAUAAGCGAUUGCUAAGCUUCUUCAAACGAAUGUGUUGCUAGCUUCUACAUUUAAUUAUAAUGCAUGUCUUCAUAAUGCAAUUUGGAAGAAGAACCUACCAUAAACGAAAUUAAUAAAUGUAUUUAAAAUACUUGCUAAUCUAGUUUUGAUUAGCUUAAAUAGCUCAACAAUAAAUUUUCUUAAUGCUUGUAAUAAUUAGAUUAAACUUCUUCAAGUUAUUUGAUCAGCAUUACAAUAUCAUUUUUCUUAAUCUUAUUAAUAUUAUGA